ACCACGCACUUUAACACUUCCUUCCUCCUCGCCGGCCUCCUCUCCCUCGCCGCCGCCGAACGCUCCGGCCCCCUACGUACCCGCGCCUGGUCCAGCUUCCCCAUCCCCGCCAGCAAAGGCUCUGUAACCUACAAGACCGCAAAAAGCAUCUCGGGCACCUUCGACGGCGGCUACAAGACCUACGGGCGCGGCGUCUCUUGCGGCGGCCAAGCCGAGGGCGGAAACUCUGACGCCGUGUUUGUUCUCGAAGACGGCGCCGUCCUCAAAAACGCAAUCAUUGGUGUGCAUUGUCUUGGCGCCUGCACGAUCCAAAAUGUUUGGUGGGAUGCGGUUUGUGAGGAUGCGUUGACGUUCAAGGGAAAUGGUGAUGGUAAGGUUAUUGGUGGUGGUGCCCGCGGUGCUGAGGACAAGGUUAUCCAGCACAAUGGCGUUGGGUCCAUCACCAUUGACGGCUUCACUGUUUCUGAUUUUGGAAAACUCUACCGUAGCUGUGGUAACUGCAAGCAGAAUGGCAAAGCAAGAAAAGUCACCAUCAACAAUGUCAAAGCCACCAACGGCAAGUACCUCAUCGGCAUCAAUAGCAACUAUGGCGAUACAGCUACCAUCACCAAUACUUGCGCUUCUUCUGUCAAGCACAUCUGUCAGGAGUACAAGGGUACCAACAAUAACAACCAGGAGCCUUCGACGCUCAAGGAGGGUCCCAGCAAGGCUUGUGUUUACAAGGAUGCGGAUGUUAAGCAUUGU